AUGAUUGGUAUACAAAAGAAGAAAAAAGGUGGAAAGAAAAAUCCUACACCGAAAGUUCAAGCUGAAGAAGGAUCAUCUUCUCAACCACAGAAGAAACGGAAAAAGAAAGCGGUUGAAACAUUGCUGGUUGAUGAACCAGAAUUAGAUGAGACAGAAGCAAAUGUUGAAAAAGAUCAAGAACAAUUAACUCCUGAAACUGAGCAAUUGUUGAAAGAUAUUGAUGAUACUUUAGAAGCUGAGAAAUCAGCUAGUAAGAAAGUAGUUGAUGGUGAAGAAGAGAGUUCAUCUGGUUUAGAAGUUGAUAUUGAUGCUGAAGUUGAUCAGAGUAUAGUUCUUGAAAAGCUUGAUGAUUUUAGCUUUGUGAAUGAUGAUUUUGUGAAGGAGUUGCAAAAGAAGGUGAAUGAGGUGUUAAGUGAGAAAAAGAAGUUAGUAGAACGUGUCAAGUCUGUUGAAUCUAAAAAUUCAUCUUUGUUGAAAAAGACUGAAGCUGAUCAAGCCGACAUAAAGUUAGAAGCCAAGAAUGCUAAAAAGGAACAUGAAGAGUAUAUGUUAAAGAAAGUGUUGGAAGAUUUGAUUGGUAAGCCAAUUGAACAAAGAUUUGAAGAGAUAGAACUUGCGGAAGUUAGAGCAAGACGUGAAGCUGAAAUGGAAGCUGGAAUGAAAGAUAAGGGUAAAGAUGUUCUAGUUGAAGAUGAUGUUCAAGUGUCUGAAAGGGAAAUUGUUCUAACUGAGCCAAAAUCCCCGAAAAAAGUUCUAGAAUCGUCUAUUCUAGCUCCUUGUCCAUUAACUUCAGUAUCUGGUUUGAUUAAGAUUAAAGAUGAUGAAGAAGACGAAGAUGAUAAUCUGAAAGAUGAUGCAGAUGAAGUAUAUUCUGUUCAUAGUGAUAAUGAUGAUGAUGGAAAUGAUGAUGAUGAUGAUGCUGAUCAAGGUAAUUCUGGUAUAAAAGUAACUGAAGCGUCACAAGAAGAGAAUAUUGACGAGAGGAAAGGGGAGCAUGGUGAUCCUGAAAAUGUUGAUGAGAUUGUUGAUCAGGGUACAGGUUUGAUUCUACGUCUUGAACAUGAUGUAGAGGAAGGUGAGCUCUUGCAUACUUACACUAGAGCUGAGAUCAUUAAGAUGAUGCAUGUUGAAGAAGGUGAGUUUAACUUUGAUUUUGAAGAGGAGUUGAACGAAUUUGAGAUCAAUCAUCAACCUGCAUAUCAGUACAAGUAUGUUGAAGAAGCUGAUAAUUAUGAUAAAGUGGAAAUAGAAGAAUGGAGCGAAGAUGAUCAGUCUGAGAAUGUUGAUGUUGAUACUUCUAGCUUUCCAACUCUUGCUGAGUUUUUCAGUCAAGCAAAUGAGGGUGAAUUGAGAAGAAAAGUUGCUGAAAGUGUUAAGAGAAAGAGUUUUCGAGAAAUGUCUAAAGAAGAACAACGUGAAGAAUGA